CCGAGACAUGGAAAACUGUUCUAUUGUUCACAAUAUGCAUGUCAUAUUAAUCUGUUUUCACUGUGAUACACAUAAAAGUAGAUGAGCACACAAACAUAUAAUAUUAACGCCUAACUCAUAUAUUCUUAUACUAGCUGGUAUAACUCAGUAGUAUUUUAUCUUUGAUUGUUUAAAAUAUAUUUUAAGGAUCAUGGAGGAGUAAACAGAUCGUUCUUUUUUAGCGUUUUAAUAUUUUUAAUCCUUAUUUGAUCCGGUUUCAUCUCUCCCCUCCCCAAAGUCAAAAGUGAGGAGGCACCCAGAUUCAAAGGAAGCCACGCUGAACCCGACGCUUCCACGCCUCCGUUUGGAAAAUCCUUUAAAAACAGACAUUUUGCUUACAUUCACUCUCUUCCUUCUAACUCGCUUCCAGAAACCACGUCCGAGCGAUUCUUUUGGGUUUUUUUGGCGCCUUCUUUCUUCUUUCUUCUAAGUCUACACCAGCACCAGAGCAGGCCUCUGAUAGCUGCGAUUUCUUAAUCAUUUUUCUUUUAAUCAAAGAAUAGAUAUCUUCGCUCACUACCUCAACAAACAGAGCUCAAUUUUGUUUACGGCGAUUCUUUUGUUUUUUUUAAAGAACUAAUUCGAUCCCCUUCCAGUUUUAUUCUUCCCGUUUUGCAGCGGCUCCUUUACCUAUCUGUUCUCCAGCCAAACCUGCCAGCAGAGACAGACCAAGAGCCUGCGUUUUUUUUAUCAAGCUAUUUUUUUUGUCAACCCUGAAGAAAGAGCCAUUCCGGCUCCACACCCUCGACUGAGACCGACCGAAGCUGGCCCGAACGAAGCCAACGGCGCCCCGACGGUUCGUGUGAACAGGACGCUUCAUGUUGCCUUAACGACCAAGCCAUGCUGCUCCGGUCUCUGCACAGACGCUUAACCAAGCGUCGUUCAAGAAAAGCGACCGCCUCCCAGUUCCAGAACCGCUCAGCAGCCAUUCUCCAACAAACUCACCUGUUCCUUCCAUACAGACAGCAGUAAUCCCCUCAUCACUACUGGCUCGGCCCAGAAACAGCGGUAGCAGCAGAAUGAUCAACCCACAGCAAUGACUGAACACCGGCCCAAAAAAAACACCGGCCCUCGCGGCCCAAACAUCAGACCGGCCCACCGGGAAUUUUCCCAGUCCUCCCGAUGAGCCACCCCGGGCCUGGUGGAGUGGUAAACAUUAAUAUUUAAUUUAGUCAGGUAAAUCUGUACUCUAUAUAAUGUUAUAGGGUCUUAAACCUUUUAUAUAGUGAGAUCAAUUCAUCUUUUAUUUGUAUUAUUGUAGAGUCUUAACCUGAAUCUUUAAAAUUGUUCACUAAACAUCAAAUAAUAAUUCAUUAUCACUAAUUUACGCACUUUUGUAUGAUAGAAUAGAUAAAAUAGAAAAGCAAGAAAUACACAAACUUCUUAAAAAAUCAUAAUUUAUGAUCAUUUAUACUCUAGUCUUGACUACAAUUGUUUCUAAUAUUGCAGGAUCCUUAAUCUCUAACAAAUAAAUUGACCAGGUAAAAUGAUAUUUUGUUAUUUUAAUAUUUUAAAUUGUUAUUUAUAUUUGUACAACAUAUAGCACUGUAGGAUCUUAAAAUUGAUACUGAAAUUGGUCAGAUACAUUUCUAUAAGAACUAAUAUUUUCAGCUCUUCACCUUAAGGCAGGUACCUUUGUAUCAUAUAUUAUAUUCUAGUGUAUUUAACUUAUUGUAAUUAGUCAGGUCAAUAUAAAUAUGAAAUAAUAUUAUGCAGGCUUAAUAUUUAUUUCAGUCAAAUAAAGUUAUAAUAGUAUAAUAAUGUCAGGGCCUCCUCCUCCCCCGUCCCUCCUGACUUCCAAAUCCCUUUUUCCUAUCCCCCUCCUUCUCUCUUUCUCAUCCUCUCUCGUCCCCCCUCCCUCUCCCUCUCACGGCUGGCUCCACUCUGACAGUCAACCUCCCCACAGAGUCUGGGCAGCUGUGGAUCGGUCCGGUGAUUACACCCCCCGCUAUAAAGAGACCGGUUCCGCCACCAACCGGCACUGGAUUGUAAACUCGACUAUUCCAGUGAUCCAGCUGCCCGGACCCCUCUCUCUUCCAAUCUCCCCUCUCGUGUGCCCUCUUGGACUCCCUCCAGGCUGCCUUCCUAGACCCACGGGCCUUCCUGGACCUCUGGACCUUCCUGUCGGACCCUCGGACCUUCGGACCUGUUGCCUGCCUUCCCAGACCUCCCGGACCUCUCGGCCCCUCGGACCUUUGGACCUGCAGCCUGCCGUCCCGGACCUCCCGGGCCCUCAGACCUUUGGAUCUGCAGCCUGCCGUCCCGGACCUCCCGGGCCCUCAGACCUUUGGAUCUGCCGCCUGCCGUCCCGGACCUCCCGGGCCCUCGGCCCUUCGGACCAGCCUGCCGCCUUUCCGGACCCUCGGACCUUCGGACCAGCCUGCCGCCUUUCCGGACCCUCGGACCUUCGGACCAGCCUGCCGCCUUCCCGGACCCUCGGACCUUCAGACCAGCCUGCCGCCCUCCCGGGCCCCCGGACCGCUGGACCAUCCCGCUGUCUUCCCGGACCCUUGGACACUCGGACCCCCGGACCUCCGGACCCGCUACGUCUACCUGCCAUCUCGGCACCCCGGAACCUCCGUGCCUGGCCAUCCGCCGGGAACACCCCUGCUGGUGGAUUCCGACUGCCACGGAUGCUGACCGUGGGGGCUCCGGCCUCGACGUAAUCCACGGAUUAGCCUUUGUCUCCCCUAACCACGAAUCCUCCCCUCUCCAAGAAAAAUUAAGUCUGUUGAGAAAUUGUAUUGUCGUAGUGGUGUGCUCUCUGCUUGGGUUCUCCUGCCUGAUCCGUGACGAAUAAAUAUAAAGAACAUUGCAAGGAUUUCAUUUUCAUCUUGAAACUUCUUAGGUUUCCAGUCAUUUCUUUCCUAGAAAGCACUUUUACUCGAGCUUUGUUGCUUUGAAUGUGUUAUUUACAUUCCAGUGAUUUGUUUUGAGAACCACUUCAAAGGCACCCAGCGGGCAUCUGAUGUCAAUGCAACAUCAAGUUGAUGUCAUUCAUUGAAUAAUGACAUCAACUUGGCGUUGCAUUGCCAUCAGAUGCCCGCUGGGCAGAAUGUAAACAUUGAUUUCCAGAGAUUUUGCUGAAAAGUGCUGGAGCUGCGUCACAGUACUAGAAAGCCGUUGUGUGUAGACCACAGUAAAUGAGGUCAAAGGGAGAAGUUCACUUUCAAAGCUGUGUUUUUAUUUAUUAUUUUUUUUACACAUUCCUGAUCUACAGCCUCAUCCAGUAACCAUGACAACCACCUGGACAUUCAACCAGUCUAGGAGACAGUUUGUCUAAAAGGUUCUGAUUGAUGAGGAGAGAUUCUCUGAGCUUCUCUGUUGUUUCACUGGAAAUAGUUCAAAGUUGAUCCAAUCAGAGAGAGGAACCUUUUAGUCACAUUAAGAUGGGGAUUUGUUUUUGGACUUUCAAUGGAUUUUUUUUACAUUGUUCCAUGUUGAGUAGAAUAUAGCAGAGGAAUAAUAAACAGCUGAUAUAAUGUCUGUUUGUAAUGAAGAAAGAGUCAGGAUUUUUAGCCACAGCCCUUUAUUCUUCUCCAUCACACACAAGAUGAAGGAAGUUCUCAUUUCAUCACUAGAACAGGACUUAAACACUCAAAUCAGGAUCAAGUGUGGCUGCACAAAAACAUGAUUUUCACUGGACAAUAAUGUGUGAAAGUCUGUCAGCAGUUUGUAGAUUCACUGCUUCCUCUCUCAUUUCACACUUUGUGCAGCUCAAAUGCUUUUAGUUCAAGUGAGCGUCAGAGGAACACCACAUCCUGAUUUUCACUCUCAACAUUUGACU